GGCCUUUUAAUAAGUUUUAAUUAGCCCAGCCUAUUACUAUUAGUCCAAAAAACCCAAAUACCUGGUUUAAGGAGCCCGUAGAAACUCCAACUUAAAUAUCUGGUCCUCAAACAUUCAGAAAAGAAAUCUGGAUGGCGACACUCUCAAGUCACCGCUAUGCAUUUCCUCCUCCUGUCAAUCGGCUAACGGCGCCUAACCUUAAGCCCAUCCGGGUUUCGACCGUAUCCGCCUCCAAAUCCGAAACAUCUGCUUCAAACAAAAAUGCAGAAGAGGAAACGAGAAGCUUAACAGUGACUGAGAGAAGAAGAGAAAACAGAGGGCUCGUAAAUGCAGAUGAGCUGAAGCAGAGAGAGGCAAGGGAGAGGCGAGAGGAGGUGAACAGGAAGAUAGCUUCAAGGAAGGCUAUUUCUGUCAUUCUGCGGAGAGAGGCCACCAAAGCUUUGAUUGAAAAGAAGAGAGGACCCAACAAUUCCAAGAAGUUGCUUCCUAGGACUGUGCUUGAAGCCCUUCAUGAGAGAAUCACUGCUUUGCGUUGGGAGUCUGCUCUCAAGGUUUUUGAGCUACUACGGGAGCAGCUUUGGUACAGACCCAACGCUGCUGUAUACGUCAAGCUUAUUGUCAUGCUUGGGAAAUGUAAGCAGCCUGAAAAAGCACAUGAUCUCUUUCAGGCUAUGAUUGAUGAAGGUUGUGUUAUGAACCAUGAAGUCUACACUGCCCUCUUGUCUGCCUACAGUAGGAGUGCUCUUUUUGAUAAAGCAUUUUCCCUUCUGGAGGAGAUGAAAGACACUCCUAAUUGUCGUCCUGAUGUGCAGACUUACUCAAUCCUCAUUAAAUCAUGCCUGCAGGUUUUUGCCUUUGACAAAGCACAGGCUCUGCUUUCUGACAUGGCAAGUCAGGGAAUCAGACCCAACACGGUUACAUACAACACCCUUAUUGAUGCCUACGGCAAAGCAAAAAUGUUUCAAGAGAUGGAAAUGACACUCGUGGAGAUGCUUCGGGAGAAGGUUUGUCAACCGGACGUUUGGACGAUGAACUCCACAAUAAGAGCCUUUGGUAGCAGUGAGCAAAUUGAAACAAUGGAGAAGUGCUACGAGAAGUUUCAGAGUGCUGGUAUCCGGCCCAACAUUAAGACCUUCAACAUUCUGCUAGAUUCAUAUGGGAAAACUGGAAACUAUGAAAAGAUGAGUGCUGUGAUGGAAUAUAUGCAAAAAUACCAUUACUCGUGGACAAUUGUUACCUACAACGUGGUGAUAGAUGCCUUUGGAAAGGCUGGUGAUUUAAAACAGAUGGAGUAUUUGUUUAGGCUAAUGCGGUCAGAGAGAAUCAAGCCUAGUUGCGUCACCCUUUGCUCUCUGGUAAAGGCUUAUGGUCAAGCAGGAAAAGCUGAAAAAAUUGCCGGUGUGUUGCGGUUCAUUGAGAAUUCGGAUGUAACAUUGGACAUUGUGUUUUUUAAUUGUCUGGUGGAUGCUUAUGGUAGGAUGGGGUGCUUUGCAGAGAUGAAGGGGGUGCUUGAAAUGAUGAAGCAAAAAGGAUAUAAGCCUGAUAAGAUUACAUAUAGAACCAUGAUUAAGGCUUACUCGAUCGGUGGGAUGACCAGCCAUGCAAAGGAGCUUCGGGAUCUUGUUGAGUCGGCAACAGGUGCUCCUUUGGGGAUGCCAAAGCCCGAUUUCCAGAAACCAGAAUAUUACAGGUCACAUAUCCCUGACCCUAGCCCUGAGAUCUAAUUUGUAUUUUUCGUUUGUAUCUUAUGUUGUAAAUGUAUAUCAGCAAAAUGAGAGAAAUGAAAUAAAAAAGUUUGCUAA